GGAGGAGUUGGGCAACUGCUGCAAUGCCUCGUACUCCAUGAUCAUGACUCGGGAGAACACUGCCGUGGGAAAUACGCUUCACUUCGAUGCAGAAGAAAAAAUCACCGAAGAGGUCACCGCCGGUCUUCACAGUCUGUUCCUGAAGGAAUCCCCCUUCCAACAGCCAAUCAGAAGCUGUGCAGUGAUCGGUAACGGUGGGAUUUUAAACAACAGCUCUUGCGGCGCCAUGAUUGACCAGGCUGACUUUGUGUUCAGACUGAAUUUUCCUCCGAUGAAUUGGACGGAUGACGUGGGGACAAAGACCAAUCUCGUCACCUCCAACCCGAGCAUCUUAGUUAAUAGGUUCAAUGGUCUAAUGGAGAAGAGGAAACCGUUCAUCACGAUGGUGAAGGAGUACGGCUCGCCUUUGAUCCUCCUACCAGCAUUCUCUUAUUCGGUGAACAAAGAGGUCUCCCUUCGCGUGCACUACACCAUGGAGGACUUUGACCUGAACAGCAAAGUGCUCUUCUUCAACCCGGACUACCUCAGGAACCUGACCGCUUACUGGAAAAGUAAGAAACUCAAGUUUAAACGUCUGUCUUCCGGGCUCAUGGUGGUGAGCGCCGCGAUGGAGAUUUGCCAUCAAGUCACUCUCUACGGCUUCUGGCCCUUUUCCCAAGACCUGGAUGGAGUUCCGCUCCUUCACCACUAUUACGACAAUGUUCCACCAAAACCCGGAAUCCACUCCAUGCCUGAGGAAUUUUAUCAAUACCUACAAAUGCACAUUCAGGGCUCUCUACGUCUGAACCUGGAACAUUGCUAGAAGGUUUUGUGUGGUGCAGCAGAACUUGGGAAGGUCUACCCAUCC